AUGACCCUACUGAAACUAAUACACAUAUGGGUGAAGAGAGUACAGUCCUUUUUACUACUAGGUGUUACUAUUAGUUUGCUCUUCUACUACACUUUUGAAAAUGAGAUUGAUAUGUUAAACUCAUAUGCUGAAAAUGAGUACAUGCCACCUAUCAAUGGUGCUUUGACGAAUCAUGAAAUAAAUUCACAAGUGGAUACGGCUGUGAAACCAGUUUCUGAUAGUGCUCAAGGUCUUCCGAGCUCCAAACCUUCGGCUGAGGUCGAUGUAGCUUCCACAGUCCCUGCUGCACCGGUAACUCCUCAGGCUCCUGUAGAUCAUUCACCUGCAGAACCAAUAAUUAUUGAUUUACGAGAUCCAAAGGUAUUAAAAGAGAAGAAUAAAUACUUUCCACUGUUACUAUCUUCGCCUUGGAGAGGUUCUACAAAGUUUCAAGACAGAUGGAUAAAUCCAGAAAUCGACGAUUUGUCGAGCCAUAAGGAUAGACAUGCAGUAUUGAACGAAGUUUCCUUGCCAUUGAAUUUUCAGCAAGUUCCCAAGGAUUACCCCAAUGUUCAAGCUAGUAGUUUCGAGGAUGGUGGCCAUCAACAGAACCAAUUAUUACAGCAAGUGCGCCAGUUGUUCGUGAAAUCCUGGGACCAAGAAGAACUUUCGAGACCAGAUUUGGCUGCUGAACCGUGGCCGUUGUCGUUGAUUGAUUCUCUUGAUACUCUGUAUAUUAUGGGUCAAAUGUCUAAAUUUGACGAUGCGGUGCAUUUGAUUUCGACAGUGGACUUUACAAUACCGCCAAUAACAGAGAAUUCCGUUGAUAUUCCAGAUGUAUCAACUAGAGCAUUAGGAGGAUUAAUUUCGGCCUACGAACUUUCUGAAGAACCCGUGCUUUUGGCCAAGGCUAAGGAUUUGGCCAAUUUUAUUCUAAGAGCAUUUGAUACACCAAACAGAAUCCCCAUUUUACAGUAUUUUUGGAAAACUGAGUAUGGUAAUCGAUUCCCUUAUCAGUAUAUGAACGUUGGUUCACUGACAAAUGUGGCUUUAGAAUUCACCAGAUUGGCCCAAAUCACACAUUCAAAUAGUUAUUUUGAUGCGAUUCAAAAGAUAUUUGGAACAAUCGCGCUUUCUCUGGACGAGUUUGCCAUUGAGCACAUGUUCCCUACAACUGUUGAUGGUUCCGGUUGUAGAAUAUUAACUCCCAAGGAAGUUUCUACUGGCCAUCAUUUGCGCAACCCAAAAGUCAUGAAGAGUAUCGAUCAAAACCUAGAAUUUAUACAUUGUCACCAAACUGGUAAAUUUUUAAUCUCACCUCGAGAUUGGGAAAAGAAAGAACAAUUGUUUAAAAUGGACUAUCAACAUCAAUCUGUUUACUCUAAUUUGGUAAAAAUAUACCAUCUUUUGAAUGGACACGAUAUUUUGACCAUUUCAAAGACUUAUCACCCAAUGGAUAGCGGGGAAGAAGUGGAAAAUAUUGGUAAAAACACAGCGGAUGAUAUGAAGGAUGAGGAAGCAGAACAUCCAGAUUCUUCUGAAAAACUUCAAAUGCACAGUUCGAAGCAGUUAUUUUCGAUCGCCAUGCGUAAAAUUCGUCACUUGAUGCUUUACAGACCUUUGAGUCCUGUUGCAGAUCAUAAUUUGACGUUAAUCUCUUCAUUCAGGACAAAGACUCGUAUUUCACCUUCAACAGACGAACUUCAGGUUGAAAUUAAAAGAUUAUUUGAUAUGAAUCAUGAAGGAUGUUCUCUGGCUACUACUUUGGGAUUAGCAUCUGGUUUAUUUAAUAAUACCGAGUACUUGAGGCUUGCUAAAAAAUUGACCCAUAGUUACUAUGAAAUGAUUAAAUUAUUUGGAGGGAUUUUCCCAGAAGAACUUUACUUGGAUCCCUGUGAGAAAGAAACCUGUCUUUUUGACAAAAACGAGAAGAUCCAAAGUAUAUUAGACGGGCAAUACACUAAUCAAGACGCCCUUACUGUUGGUGAUGCCAAAGUUGAGCUCGAUAGCUUACAGACGCAGAAGGCAAGUGGGGGUAUGCGUAAAAUCUUAAUGUUUGGUUUGACGCAAGGCAUUGGUGAAUUUAAUUACGGGGUUCAAGAUAUCGAUAGGAAAUUAGGUAAAUGGAAGCAUGAUCCAGAUAGACCAUUUUGGGUUAAUAAAAUAGGGAAAAGGCAUCUUUUAUCCCCAAACGUCAUUGAAUCAAUAUUCUACAUGUACAGGAUUACGGGUGAAUCACAAUGGAGGAAAAUGGGAGCUGAACUCUUAAAGAUGACAAUUGAAAAUUUGCAGAAGUAUCAUUCUGGAGCUAAAGGUGUUUGGAGUGUACGGGAAUUCGAAGAUGAUGAAGAUUCUUCCAUCCCAAGCUCUUGGUUUUCUCAAACACUGAAAUAUUAUUAUCUAUUGUUCUCAGAUACAUCAGAUUAUACUUUAGACAGAUACCUCUUCACAUCAGGUGGCCACUUGAUGAAGAGAGAUCCUAGGAAUAAAUCCAACCUUCAACAAUAA